AUAGCAAGCAACACAAGAAAAUAUGGGCCUAAUUAUAAACAGAAGGACCCAAAUUGUGGCCCAGAUCCAAAGUAUUGGUAAAACGGUGUCCACAAAACUGGCGCAAGCAGAACCAUGCAACAGAGCUCCUCGACCUUUUGACUUUGAUAAUGGCAGUUUCUCCGAAACACUUCCAGGUUCCUUCAGCUUUCAGGCUUCCUCCAUCUUCUUUCUUCAUAUCCACGAUUAAAUCGUCUCCACUCUCUGUAACUGCUUCAACGAGUCCAUUCUCCACAAAAUUUGGCUGUAUACGCGUUCGUUUCAGCCGACGAUCAAUCGUCAGAUACAACGAUUACGCCGGAGAAGAUGAAGACUUUAGUGACGAAGAGAAGGAAGAAGAUUGGAGCUUUGAGGAAGCAGUAGCGCUCUUCAACAAGAGAGAUUAUUACAAAAGUCACGACGCGCUCGAGGCUCUUUGGAUUCAAGCUGAGGAGCCAACUCGAACCUUAUUCCAUGGGAUUCUUCAGUGUGCUGUUGGUUUUCACCAUCUUUUCAACAGCAACCAUAAAGGAGCGAUGAUGGAGUUAGGAGAAGGAGUCUGUAAGCUGAGGAAGAUGAAUUUCCAAGAUGGACCGUUUCAUGAAUUCGAGCGAGAUGUUUCUGCUGUUCUUGAAUUCGUUUAUCAAACUCAGCUCGAACUCGCUGCUUGUUCAGAAGAUAUGUGUGUGACGAUGGAUCAAUCAGACAGGUCUUAUCAACUCUUGGGAGGUUAUGCAGCUGGACAGAGUAUAUACAGCUUAGAGACUUUGGUUGAUUUUAACAAUGGGAUGUCUGAAACAACUUCCAUACUCUUCUCUCCUUCAAGUUCCUCAUCUGAGCCAACACGGGUUAAGCUCCCUACACUAACCGCUACCGAUAAGCAUCUUAUUGAUCUUACAGACGACAAGAGAUUCUAAAAAGAAUCGAUCAUAAUAUAGUAUCUGAUAUGCUGCAUUCAACAAUUCGAAGGUAAUAGAAGAAGAUCUCAUUACUCUG